GAAAUAUCCGUCAGUUUUGGUUGCAAAUGAGUUAGAAGGACAUGCUGGUUUGAGGGGCAGACAGUCGAUUUGCUGACACUUUUUCCAGAAGAGCUGUUACUUUGACGACUAUUAUUUUGUCACGUCUGCCUUAAAUCAGGACACAUCAGUCAGUCAUCUUUCAGUGCAGCUGUUUGGCUCUGACAGGAAACCUUUGAGUGUUUUGUUCACAGGAGAUAUCUUCACUGUUUGUCUCAGACUGAAGCCACGUCAGUUGACAGACUGAACAGCAUGUCAAGGGAGGUGAAACCAGAGAGCGUGGCCCUGUGUCCUCUGGGCACAGCAGCUGCCCCUGAGCAGAAGCUGCUGUGUAUCUUUGGGACGGGGGACUUUGGGCGCACUCUGGGCCAGCGUCUGCUCCAGUCUGGCUACAGGGUGGUGUACGGCAGCCGCAGACCUGGCAGCUGUGGCCCCUUGCCUCAGGAAGUUCAGGUGAUGAGCCACGCGGCAGCAGCCCAGCCAGCCAGUCUGGUCUUUCUUUGUAUUCACAGAGAACACUAUGAUUUCCUGGAGACUCUUGCACCUCAACUUAAGGGAAAGGUGCUGGUGGAUGUGAGCAACAACCUCAAGAAAAAUCAAUACCCAGAGGCCAAUGCAGAGUAUCUGCAGAGGCUGAUCCCUGGAGCUCAUGUGGUGAAGGCUUUUAACACUUUGUCUGCCUGGACCCUGCAAAAUGGACCUGCAGAUGCCAAUAGACAGGUGUAUCUGUGUGGAAACAGUGCUGAGGCAAAGCAGGUGGUUACAGAGGUGGCAACCAAACUGGGCUUCACCGUUCUGGAGAAGGGGUCUCUGACUGCAGCCAGAGAGCUGGAAGAUUUCCCCCUGCGGCUGUUCCCAGAGUGGAGGCUGCCACUACAGCUGGCCACCAGCCUCACCGCCUUCUUCUUCUUCUAUCUGGUCAUUAGGGAUGUCAUCUACACAUAUGUUGAACAGGGGAAAGACAACUCCUUCAGAAUCGUGGUGUCCUUGGCCAACAAGGUGUUCCCCAUUGUGUCUCUUAUCAUGUUGUCUCUGUGUUACCUGCCUGGUAUCAUAGCUGCCUUCCUUCAGCUCUACAGAGGAACCAAAUACAAACGAUUCCCUGACUGGUUGGAUCGCUGGAUGCUGUGCAGGAAACAGCUGGGACUUCUUGCACUUGGCUUUGCGUCUCUCCAUGUGCUCUACACUCUCCUCAUCCCCAUAAGAUAUUAUGUGAGAUUCAGGCUUGCUGCACAUACAAUCUCACAGAUCAAGGAGAACAAAACAUCAGAGUUUGACACCACCAUGGCCUGGCGUACUGACUCUUACUACUCUGUGGGGAUUCUGGGAUUUGGCCUGUAUCUCCUGUUGGGAAUAACCUCUCUCCCCUCUGUCAGCAAUGCUCUCAGCUGGAGAGAGUUCAGCUUUAUACAGUCCAAGCUGGGGUAUCUGACACUGUUCACCUGUACCUUUCACACCUACCUGUAUGGCUGGGACAGGUUCCUUUCACCUUCUUCCUACAAAUGGUACAUUCCUUCAGCCUACAUGCUCAGUCUUGUGGUGCCUUCUGUAGUGUUGGUACUCAAGCUGUUGAUCCUCCUGCCUUGUGUGGACCGUAGCCUCACCCGGAUUCGGCGGGGCUGGGAAAGGACUGACCCACGGGAUGACAGCAAGAAAUUACUGCUGACAUAGAACUACUGCAGUUACAGACUCAAAAGCAAUGGUGUGCAUGGAAAAGUGACUUGACUUUCUGGAUGAGAUCAGAUUAUCUGGCAAAUCUUUGACGGAUUGUGUUGCAAUUGUCACAUUUUGUGAAUACUUCAUGUAGUACAACUGCAUUGUGUAUUUUUUCUCAGUUAGAACUUGGCCCUAUAUAAAUGAACACAGACACAUACAUUACAUGUACUCAUGUACACUCCAGUGUGUACAGAUUCUUUAUGUUACUCAUCAGUCUUAAUCUACAAUAUGAGCUUACUUAUGUUUAUUCGAUUUAUUUUUAUAUCUUUCUCUGUAAAUUAAUAUUUUUGUAUGUGGGUCUCACUGCUUUUCCUUUGUUUCCUCUCAUUAGGGCUGGUAGACUGUAUAACCACUAUGAAGUGCUCUUCAAAAUAAACUUAAGUGUGACUGAA